AUUCCUUCUGCCUGAGCCUGUUCGGUGCUGUGAAGAAGGGUUUAGAGAUUUGAGAGAAAGAUAAACAGAAGCAAGAACAAUGUCUGAACCGGCGGCCGGAGGCGACAUUUCUCCGAAUCAGACAAUAUACAUCAACAAUCUCAACGAGAAGAUCAAGCUCGAAGAGUUGAAGACGUCUUUGCACGCUGUCUUCUCUCAAUUCGGUAAGAUACUCGAGGUUUUGGCUUUUAAGACGCUAAAACACAAAGGUCAGGCAUGGCUGGUGUUUGAUGAAGUAUCUUCCGCAACUAACGCGAUCCGCCAAAUGCAGGGUUUCCCUUUCUACGACAAGCCAAUGAGGAUACAAUAUGCAAAGGUCAAAUCGGAUGUAGUAGCCAAAGCUGAUGGCACCUUCGUACCUAGAGAAAAGAAAAAGAGGCAUGAGGAGAAAGCUGGGAGGAGACGAAAGGAGCAGCAUAACAUGAAUCAAGCUGCAAUUGGCAUGAAUGCCUAUGCCUAUGGUGCAACUCCUCCACUAUCUCAGUUGCCACAUAUGGGUGGUGCAAAGUCUAAUCUUCCCGACACUCCAGCUCCACCGAAUAGUAUUCUGUUUGUACAGAAUCUCCCACAUCAGACCACAGAGUUGAUGCUGCGCAUGCUUUUCGGACAGUAUGCAGGUUUUAAAGAAGUUAGAAUGAUUGAAGCAAAACCAGGCAUUGCCUUUGUUGAAUACGAGAAUGAGAUGCAAUCAACUGCUGCAAUGCAAGUCCUUCAAGGUUUCAAAAUUUCCUCAGAUAAUCCUAUGGUCAUAACCUAUGCGAAGAAGUAAGUAGAUGUUUUGUAUUGACUUAUCUUUAUCAAAAGAUAAUUUUAGGUUUGUGGAAAUAUAAUACUGUUGAGACUCUAUUUUGUAUUCUGGUGUAGUUGAUUGAAUCAUUACUUCAUACAUUUUAUUUGAAAA